AUGUGCCCCGGUGCAGACCAUGAGCCCAAUGGGCAGAUCAACGGCCAGGCCGAUGCCAAUGGUGCCCACCCCGGAUUCACUGCUGUCGAGACCCGCCAGAACCCCCAUCCUUCGGCUUCCCGCAAUCCCUACGGCCACAAUGUCGGCGUGACCGACUUCCUCAGCAAUGUCUCCCGUUUCAAGAUCAUUGAGAGUACCCUUCGUGAGGGUGAGCAGUUCGCCAACGCUUUCUUCGACACCGAGAAGAAGAUCGAGAUCGCCAAGGCCCUGGACGACUUCGGUGUUGACUACAUCGAGCUUACCAGCCCCUGUGCUUCCGAGCAGUCGAGAAAGGACUGCGAGGCUAUUUGCAAGCUCGGCCUCAAGGCCAAGAUCCUCACACAUAUCCGAUGCCACAUGGACGAUGCUCGUGUCGCUGUUGAGACCGGUGUUGACGGAGUUGACGUCGUCAUUGGAACUUCGUCUUACCUCCGGGAGCACUCUCACGGCAAGGACAUGACCUACAUCAAGAACACCGCCAUCGAAGUCAUCGAGUUCGUCAAGUCCAAGGGCAUUGAGAUUCGAUUCUCCAGCGAGGAUUCCUUCCGUUCCGACCUCGUUGAUCUUCUGUCCAUCUACUCCGCCGUCGACAAGGUCGGCGUCAACCGUGUUGGUAUUGCUGACACCGUCGGUUGUGCCUCUCCCCGCCAGGUCUACGAGCUCGUUCGUGUCCUGAGAGGUGUUGUUGGUUGCGACAUUGAGACUCACUUCCACAACGAUACCGGUUGCGCCAUCGCGAACGCCUACUGUGCCUUGGAGGCUGGUGCCACCCAUGUCGAUACCUCCGUCCUUGGUAUCGGUGAGCGUAACGGUAUCACUCCCCUUGGUGGUCUGAUGGCCCGUAUGAUGGUCGCCGACCGUGACUACGUCAAGAGCAAGUACAAGCUGGAGAAGCUCAAGGAUCUUGAGGAUCUGGUGGCCUCUGCCGUUGAAGUCAACAUCCCCUUCAACAACUACAUCACUGGUUUCUGUGCCUUCACCCACAAGGCUGGUAUCCACGCCAAGGCCAUCCUCAACAACCCUAGCACAUACGAGAUCAUCAACCCUGCCGAUUUCGGCAUGACCAGAUAUGUUCACUUCGCCUCUCGUCUGACAGGCUGGAACGCUAUCAAGUCUCGUGCUCAGCAGCUCAAGAUUGAGAUGACUGACAACCAGUAUAAGGAGUGCACUGCCAAGAUCAAGGCUCUUGCUGACAUUCGGCCCAUCGCCGUCGAUGACGCAGACAGCAUUAUCCGUGCCUACUACCGCAAUCUCAAGUCGGGUGAGAACAAGCCUCUCCUCGACCUCACGGCUGAUGAGCUCGCUCAGUUUGCUGCCAAGGAGAAGGAGAUCGCUGCGAGCGGCGUCAUUGCCUAA